AUUGAACUCAUCACAAACCUGGCUAUCUUAUCUGACCUGCAUCCUGACUGACAAGCUGUAGGCAUUUGCCUGGGUUGCCGAGUACAAGCUCCUCCCUAAAAUGGCGUCGUCGUCGAAGCCGUCGAGCUUCCUGCUCUAUGCCUGCAUAGCUCACCGCAAUACAAUUCUAGCCGAACAUUCAUCCCCCGGUUCAUCUUCCACCGCAGCCUCAUCCCUCGCAUCUAUCAUCCUUCCCAAGAUCGCACACGAGAAAUCCCAGAAGCUUACAUACACCCAUGAACGGCUUUUCGUGCACUACAUCGCCGACUCGCCAUUCGCGAGCGGCGACUACGCGUCACAAUCACCACAAGAACCCAACUCUCACUCGGCACUUAGCUUCGUCGUCGUCGCAACCGCCGAGCAAGGCAGACGCAUCCCCUUUGCCUUCCUCCUAGAGAUGAAACGGAGGUUUCUCUCCGCUUACCCGCCGUCAAUGACGGAUUUUACCUCUCUCCCUGCGUACGGCUGCGCGGCGUUUAACAGCGAGCUUCGCACACUGCUGAACACGUACAAUACUGCUCCGCCCGCGGAUGCGCUAGCCUCCGCGCGGAAAGAGAUCGAAAGUGUCCGAGAUAUCAUGACGGAGAAUAUCGAGCGGGUUCUGGAACGUGGAGAACGCAUUGAUCUGCUGGUUGACAAGACAGAUCGGUUGGGUGGGAAUGCGCAUGACUUCCGGAUUAGAAGUCGCGGACUGCGGAGGAGUAUGUGGUGGAAGAACGUCAAGUUGAUGGCUCUUCUUGUCGUCGUGGUUAUCUUUUUGGUGUACUUGUUCGUCGGCAUGGGAUGUGGCCUCCCUGCUUGGGGUAAAUGUUUUUGAUGCAGAGGAUUGAAAACAUGUCUUUUGUUCUUCUUUGAUUUAUUCUCCAAGCCCUGAACUGCAUUAGAGAGAAAAAAAAAAAAACAACUUCUGCACUGGAUCAUCCCUGGCAUCGAUUCGAAUUUUUCUAUUCUGCUCUGUUCUUUUAUGUCUUGAUACCGAUCAGUUAUUUGCUUUCUCAAUGUAUACUUAUAAAUUUAACUUUAUCUUGCAUGCUAUAUAUAUAUUGUGCCUUUCCAUU